AUGGGAGUCCCAGCAUUUUUUCGUUGGUUAACAAAAAAAUAUCCGUCAAUUAUUGUUAAUUGUAUUGAAGAUAAUCCUUCAACAGAUGCUCAAGGUGUUUAUCAUCCAUUAGAUGAAACUCGUCCGAAUCCGAAUGGAAUCGAAUUUGACAAUCUUUAUUUAGAUAUGAAUGGAAUAAUUCAUCCGUGUACACAUCCGGAAGAUCGUCCACCACCAAAAAAUGAAGAUGAAAUGAUGAUAUUAAUAUUUGAAUGUAUUGAUCGUUUAUUUUCAAUUGUUCGUCCACGUAAAUUGCUUUAUAUGGCUAUUGAUGGUGUUGCACCACGAGCUAAAAUGAAUCAACAACGUUCGAGACGUUUUCGAGCAUCAAAAGAAACAGUUGAUAAAACUGAACAAAUGGAAAAAAUUAAAAAUGAAAUACGUGUUAAUGGUGGUCUUUUACCUGAAGAUAAAAAUCAACAAGAAAAAAGUGAACAUUUUGAUUCAAAUUGUAUUACACCGGGCACACCAUUUAUGUCUAAAUUAGCCGAAUGUCUUCGUUAUUAUAUAAGACAUCGAAUGAAUACAAAUCCAGCAUGGCGUUCAAUAAAAAUUAUUCUAUCCGAUGCCAAUGUACCUGGUGAAGGUGAACAUAAAAUAAUGGAUUAUAUUCGUCGACAACGUGCACAACCAGAUCAUGAUCCAAAUACGCAUCAUGUUUUAUGUGGUGCUGAUGCUGAUUUAAUUAUGCUUGGUUUAGCAACACAUGAACCAUAUUUUACAAUAAUACGUGAAGAAUUUAAACCAAAUAAACCACGUCCAUGUGAUAUAUGUGGACAAUUAGGACAUGAUAUGAAAGAAUGUAAAGGUAUUGCAAAAGAAAAAUUUGGUAAACAUGAUGAAUUAAUAGCAGCAAAAAAUUAUGGUGAAACUCGUUAUAUAUUUGUAAGACUUUCUGUUUUACGUGAAUAUCUUUAUCGAGAUUUAGAAAUUCAUUGUCAAUUACCAUUUCAAUGGGAUCUUGAACGUGCUAUUGAUGAUUGGGUAUUUAUGUGUUUUUUUGUUGGAAAUGAUUUUUUACCACAUUUACCAUCACUUGAAAUACGUGAAAAUGCUAUUGAUCGUCUAAUACGGAUAUAUAAAGAUAAUGUACCUAAAUUUAAAGAUUAUUUAACUGAAAAUGGUAUACCUAAUAUGGAACAUGUUGAAAUUAUUUUAACAAGUAUUGGUAAAAUGGAAGAUGAAAUAUUCAUGAAACGACAUGACUCUGAUCAACAACAACGACAACGUGAACGAAAUCGUUCGAAUAAUUAUCAACCGCCUAAUAAACGACUUAGAGCAACAACAGAACGAAAUGAACCUGUAGCUUUACCUGUUUGGAUGUCAGCACCUCAACUGGAACCUCAACCAAUUAGUCAACGACCUAAUUCACAAAUUAGUAAUCCGGCUCAAGCUAAUAUGCAAUUACGUCAGAUGCAACGUGUUGAUUUUUCAUCGAAUAAUCGACCUAAAAAACGUGGUUUUGAUGAAAUGGAACAAGAAACACCUGAUACUCCCAUACGUGAUCAACAAGAUUCAGUUAACGAUGAAGAAGAAGAUAAUGAUCCAAAUGAUACAGUUCGAUUAUGGGAAGAAGGUUGGCGUGAAAGAUAUUAUAAAAAUAAAUUUAAUGUUAGUAAAAAUGAUUUGGAAGAUUUUCGUAUACAAGUUGCACAAAAUUAUGCACGAGGUUUAUGUUGGGUUCUUCAAUAUUAUUAUCAAGGUGUACCAGCAUGGGAUUGGUAUUUUCCUUAUCAUUAUGCACCAUUUGCAUCUGAUUUUCUACAAGUUAGAAAUGUACCUGUAUCUUUUGAUAAACAAACAAAACCAUUUAAACCAUUAGAACAAUUAAUGGCUGUAUUUCCAUCACAAUCUCGGAAAUUUCUACCUAUUGAAUGGCAAUCAUUAAUGACAGAAAAAGAAUCUCCUAUAAUUGAUUUUUAUCCAUUAAAUUUUUGUGUUGAUCUUAAUGGUAAACGUUAUGAAUGGCAAGGUGUUGCUUUAUUACCAUUUGUUGAUGAAAAACGUUUAUAUCGUACACUUGAACAUGUUUAUUCAACAUUAACAAAGAACGAACAAAUGCGUAAUAAACGUGAUUAUGAUCGUUUAUAUAUUCAUUCAAGUAAUUUAUGUUAUGAUUAUUUUAAAAAAUUAUAUGUUCCAGGUGAAAAUGAAGUUACGAGAAAAAAUCCACUUGAUAUGCCAAUAAUGUUAAGUGGAGGAAUGGCCGGACAAAUAUGGCCUGAUGAUGAUGAUAAAAUAAAACCUAUUGGAGAAUUAAUUAAACCACCAUUACCUAAUUGCGAAGAUAUAAUUAAUAAUCAAGUUAUUUGUGUUAAAUAUAGAGAUUUAUCAUUUGAUGAUGACUAUAUAUUUAAAGCUAAAUUAUUAGAGAAUGUUUCAAUGCCAUCAACAACAUUAAAACCUCGAGAUUAUGAUCAAAUGACACCUUAUCGACCAAAUCUCGGUUUUGCACAACAACCACAAUAUCAACGAGAUUUUGCAACGGCUCAACGAUUUAUUCGUCAUGCAGUUGGUCCACAACAAUCCUAUCAACAACAAGAACAGCCUGGUGGAUAUUAUGCUCAGCGUCAACCAGAUAGAUAUUAUUCUCAAGAGCAGUCAGGUGCAGAUUUUUCUUCACGGCAAUCUAAUAGUGGUUUUCGUCCACGACAACCGGAUGGUGGUUAUCGCCCGCGGCAAUCGGAUGGUGGUUAUCGUCCUCGACAAUGGGAUGGUGGUUAUCGCCCACGACAACCCGACGGUGGUUAUCGUCCACGACAACCCGAUGGUGGUUAUCGUCCAAGGCAACCAGAUGGCUAUUACUCACAACGCCAACAAAAUCCAUAUAACUCAUAUAGACCGAACUAUUAA